UCUAUUCAAAUGUGGGUCAGGGGUGAGGAAGCCUAACGUCAUAAGCUUGCAACAUGGCGUCCCGAAGGCUGUGAGAUGAGCAGGAGGAUGGUGAAGAACGCCUGAGAACGGUCCUACCGAUGUAAAAAGCUUUAGGUGGUGCACGUUUAGGAAGAGAGAGAGAGAAGGAAGGAGGAAAUGGAACUGCCAAAUCAUGCCAAACAACUACUGCUGCAACUCAACCAGCAGAGAGCCAAGGGCUUCCUGUGUGAUGUUAUCAUCGUGGUGGAGAAUGCUCUCUUUCGCGCCCACAAGAACAUCCUGGCUGCCAGCAGCAUUUACUUCAAAUCUUUGGUCCUCCACGACAACCUUAUUAACCUUGACACAGAGAUGGUGAACCCCUCUGUGUUCAGACAAGUUCUGGACUUUAUCUAUACUGGAAAGCUCCUGUCUUCGUCAGACCAGAGCAGCGAGCAGAACUUCAGUGCCCUCUUGACCGCAGCCAGCUACCUCCAGCUACAUGACCUUGCUGCUCUGUGCAGAAAGAAGCUCAAGCGCAGUGGCGGGAAGCCCCUACCAGGAAAACCCUCCACGCCAGGUCCACUCAGCCGCUUACGCCUCAACAACCAGCGUCUUUCCUCUUCUACCCCUGCUGGUCCCAACAACCACUAUCCUCCAACCCCCUCCGAUGCCGACCAACCACAGCCAGACGAAAGCCUUCGGGAAAAACUGUCAGAUGACGAAAUGUUUGUUGGGAGCUCUGGGAAAGCCGGGAAUGGGGGAAACGGCAACAGUAACGGUAAUCUCAGCAGUGGGGCAAGUGCCGGGGAGCCAGAUCUUGGGUUAGAUCUGUCCAAGAAGAGUCCUCACUCUGCUGGCACAGCCACUGACGCCCUCAGCCCGCACAGCAACUCCCAAGAGUCCCCCCAAUCUGCCUCAGUAUCCACAACCAACAGUGCCUCGCUGGAUGACUCCUCGACCACCCUGCCAGGUGUGGACACGUGCAUCUCAGAGAACACGGAGCUUAACUCCUCCAAAACGCCAGAGGAAUCCCAAAACCAGUCCGAGGGCCCGCCACCUCAGAAAAAGACCCGACAUGCUGCUCGUAAGAAUGAAUGGCCCAAAAAAGACGCGUUAGGGUUGAAGUCUGAGGACCAUGACAGGCCUCUGGUUAACGGAGUGAUUGUAGGUCCUAAAGAUGGCCGCUCCUCUGGUGCCGGCGGAGGCAGUGGUAACAGCUUUGCGUCUGACCAGUCCUUCCAGUGUAAAGAGGAGGAGGAAGGAGGAGAGAACGGCCAGGAGCACAGUGAAGAAAGUGGCCAGAGUGAUGGAGAGAGUGGAGGAGGAGCAGGAGGGGGACACCACAGCGCCAACUAUGUGUACCGACAGGAAGGUUUUGAGCCAGCGUUUGGAGACAACCUCUAUGUGUGCAUUCCCUGUGGUAAGGGCUUCCCCAGCUCUGAGCAGCUCAACGCUCAUGUGGAAACCCACACUGAAGAUGAGCUCUACAUCAAGGAAGAGGGAGGGACCUUUGUGAAGGAGGAGGAUGAGGAGGAGGCAGAGGACCUCUCAGCCCCUGUAGGUCCCUCCAACUUCGGCUCCGAAAUGCGUCCGUUCAAGUGCACCGUGUGCAGCAAGAGCUACAAAGACCCCGCAACUCUGAGGCAGCACGAAAAGAGCCACUGGCUGACCAGGCCCUUUCCCUGCAACAUCUGCGGCAAAAUGUUCACCCAGCGGGGGACCAUGACGCGCCACAUGCGCAGCCACCUGGGCCUCAAGCCGUUCGCGUGCGAAGAGUGCGGCAUGCGCUUCACGCGGCAGUACCGCCUAACCGAGCACAUGCGAGUCCACUCCGGGGAGAAGCCGUACGAAUGCCAGCUGUGCGGCGGGAAGUUCACCCAGCAGCGCAACCUCAUCAGUCACCUGAGAAUGCACACCUCACCGACUUAGAAACGCAUCAAGCCAAAGAACUACGGGAAUAGAGAAAAAGGAACAUUUCUCCACCUUUUUUCCAUCUCAGAAGCAAAGAAACGCACACAUAAAACACAGUUCUUGAUACUGACUCCAGUUUACGACGCCCCGGCUGAGUGAACGGUGUAGCUGCUCGCCACAGUGCUCUCUCUCUCUCGGUGACGGUGGGAUCCCGUUGAUGCAAGGAUAGGGUCAUCGGUUAUAGCGAAUGAUGUGUGCUCACCUCUCAGGAGUUUUUAGAGGGACUAUUUACUCGUGUCUCUCUCCAAAGUCACAAAGCCAUGGUGGAGAGGCACAGUUGGUUAAAUGUGAAUGUGGGCACCUCGUACCCUUCAGCCGCCUUCCUCUCUACUCAUGGUAUGAACAGUAAAUCUUAAGAGUUUCUUUCCCCCAUUGCUCCCAAAACAACUUUUGACCAAAAAAGAGAAAUACAUCGGUGCAAACAAAACUGGCAAUAAUUCAGCAAAAACAAAAAUUGUACCCUGACAGCUUUAUAUCCUUAUGAUGUUGGUGAUGCUCUAUGUAUGAAAGAGAAGGGGAAACUGGGUAUGGGACCAUCUCUGUGCUUUACCUGAAAGUCUUAAAAGAAAGGCUUUUCUCAGGAGGGGAAAGACAACAAAUACUCGGCGUCCUCUCUCUGGCUGUUCGCAUUUACGUAGACGAGAAUUUUUAUUUAUUCUUGGUUGUUGUUUUUUUUUCGUCUUUUUUUUUUUUUUUUUUUUUUUUUUUUUUAGAUUUGCCUGCUAGUGCUCCAAGGAAAGAAGCUGGAAAGAAAAAAAACCCUUGUGGUAGUACUCAUACUUUAAGAGCUUGUCAUGUUUCAUUGAAUGUUUUAAACUGGAAGGUCUUGGGAUUUUUCUUGUGGAGUGCGGGUGGGGGGUCGGGGUUGUAGGGCAGGGUGGGAGGUUUAAAGGGGGUGUUUUAAACCGAACGCUAUGUUCAGUGGGUACGUUCUAUUUUUCUGUAUAGCUUUCCUCCACUUGGAAAAAAAAAAGAAGUCUAUUUAUAUAUAGGCUUGUGACCUUGCUACCUCUGAUUACUUUUACGAACUGUCGAUUUAGUUAAAAGUUGCUUAUGUAAUUAAUUGUAAAAAGUGUGUAGAUUAUGUAACUUCUCACCUAAUGCUUUAACCUGCCCAUCUCUCAACACAGGUUUUUAAUGCUAUUAGACUUUACACGUUCUGAUUGUUUCUAGCUGUUAUUUGUACUUUUCAAAAAAUAGUUGUUUUUUUUGUUUGUUUGUUUUUUUUCCCCGGGGGCCUGGGUCACCAUGUGGCCCCCAAUUCAAAAUGUACUGUAGCAUCCUUCCUGGAGCAAAUAGUGGUUGGUUGGUUAGUUUUAGAUGUAUAGUGUUCCAAAGAUCCUAUGAAUGUCAAGGAGAACUGAGCUAACUAACAAACAUUGCUAGACAAGUUCAUAACCAAAGUUUUAAAAAAAGAUGUACUUAAGAUAUAUAGCAUACUAAAUUAUUUCUCUUUUGAUUUCUUUUAUUGCUGUAUAAAACAAAUUAAGAAUUAUAUUCUAAAGUCCAGACAAAGAAAUCCACCCUUUUUGUGUGAUUGUUUUGGCCAAUAACUCUGAGGCUGGUGAUGGUUCUUGUGGUUUUGCAAGGAAAAGCUUGUGCUGAUUGGUGGGCCGGUGGGGGUGUAAAAACUUUACCACAUGAUUUGGGGGGGGGGGGGGGGGGGGAAAAAAAACGGUAAAGUUCAAGACAUGUUCACUGAGCAUGUCUGUCCCGUUUCUGUUUUAUGUUUGUAUCCAGAGUCCUCAUCCACUUUAUAUUUCCUGACUUUAAAAACAGGACUUGAUGACAGUUUGUGUUCUGUUCAAGCCAAAAAGAAAAAGACAAAAAAAAAAGAUAGGAUCUAUAAUCAGAAUUUUAACGUAAAACCUAAGUUACUCAAGUCUUUUAAACUUUAUGAGCUGAAUUUGUGAAAACUUGUCAUAAGAAAGGAGAAGAAGGGAUGCACUGGACAGUUUUGAUAGUUAUAUCACUAAAGAUAGAUGAAAUUAUUUAACCCUUUAUUUAGUUAUUGGUUAAUAGCCAAAUUUGUUAGCCGGAAAUAUAGAAUGCCUCUGGGUCAGUUCCCCCCUUCGCUAAUUUGUGCCCUGAUUUCUUGACCUUAACGUAUUUCGUCACUUCCUGUGUACUUAAAGCGUCGUACACACUGUGAUUGUGGGGCAUGUUUGGUUGUGAAUGUGCUAAAUCACUCUGGGAAUUUUUCACAUUGAACAGUCAUAGAAUGCCACUUCAAUUUUUUCAAAACUAAGGAUUAUGUCUCAAAAGGUUGAUUAAUCGCACAAUGGGAACCCUGCUUUAAAGCAUUCCAUGUUUUCUUUAAGUUGAGUAUUUUUCAUGGAUUUUGGCGAUGAAUUGUUAUAAAUAUGCCAAAAUCGCAAGUUAAUUUAAUCCUACUCUACAUUUAGACUGUAUUUUAUGCCCUUUUUUCAUUUAGCCUGAACAGGUUCUGAUCCUGGUUUGGACCAGUUGACAUUUAUGGAAUAUUACAGAUUAAGCCCCAAUCAAUAGCUCAGUAACUUGGUGACCCCCCUACUGGUCAAAAUUAUUUUCUAGUACUCUUAAAGCCACAUUUCCUGAAAGUAAGCUAUAUUCAGUAUACAAAAUUACUUCGGGGCCAAUCAAUUGAAAUAAAGAACACCAAAACUUCAAAAGUACAAAUUGGCGAAGGGGCGAAAUACCUAGUACUCGUAGGGAAUGACUCCUUUCUCGUUUGUCCAUUUCACUGUCCAGUGUAUCUACUCUUGAAACUCUCACUGUGGAUCGCCAAGCUUCACUACAAGUUUUUGACGUAGGCAUUCCUCUGUUUUGUUGAUUUACCUGUCCUCUUGAGUUUAUAGUUUUUUGGUAAUGCCUCCUUCAUCCUGUCGCUAAGGUCUGUGAAAUGCAGCUGAAGCUCCGCAAACAUCACUGUCGUUUCUAGGUACCUGCAUCCUGGACUCCCAGAGUUGUGAUUUAAUUUAACAUUGACUUUCUUGGUGUUGCAUGGUACACGUGAACCUUUCACACUCCCGCCCCCGACUUCAAACAACAAACGUGUUAUUUGCCGCCUGUGACCUCUCCUAGCUACACGGGGAGUCCUCAAUGCAUUGCCUUCAAACGUUAUUGUACUUGUCAGCACUUGGUGCACUGCAGCACGAUGUCUGUAAUGCAAAAGGUGUUUGUACAACAUUAUCUUUAGCCAUCUCUGCAAAGGAUUUAUUUUGCAGCUGCAUUUGAAUGCUUGCUUGUUUGUCAAAGCAAAAGAAAAAACUGUGACCAUACUACUACUACUACUAUUACUCGUACUACUACUCUACAAGUACUUCAGGGAUUGUUCUGCGUGUGUGAACGCAGGCUCUCAGCUACAUUUGUUAGAUAAAGCAUUGUAUCGGUUUCUCUGUAUUUUAAACUUGAGAGAAGCAAAAAAAAAAAAAAAAAACACUAGUUUCAUAUUUAAGAUGAACGGGGGGAAUCUUUUUCAACUAACACAAAAAGCCUGGACAAAAGGCGAGAGGCAGCUCAAAACAAAGUCUACAUUUUUAGUUAGUUACACAGUAUGUGCGGAAAUGGUUGCAAAGUUGUACAAAGAACUUAGAAGAAAUAAUUAUAAAAAAAAAAAAAGCUCAUACCCAAAUUCACAAACUAUUUUUUAAACCAAAGCACAUUUGAAUGAUUAUGGAACCAUGUGUGGCUCUAAAAAUAAUAAAAAAAAGAAACAUGUAUUUAUCUCAUUGUUUACAUAAACUUUUACAGUUUUACAGACCUCAGUUGAGGCUCGACCAGUCAUAGAUUUUUAUUUUUAUUUUAUUUUUUACUUCUUAUCUCGUGUGUACGUGUGUGUAAUUAAGAUGCUUUUCCACAGAUGUUGCUGCCAAAACAGAAGUAUAGCAUUAAACAUGGGGUGAACUACUGCAUAUUCAAAUAGGGGGAGGGUGUGUGGUAUCUCCUCCCUGCCAGCUGGCUUUGGGGUGACCCUGCACCCCAGUUCUCCUGCCCUCUGGCCUGUCUUCAUAUCAGACUGGGGGUGAGGGGGGGUGGGUUCAGUGCAACCUUGACGUAUUAAUCAAAUAGGCAUUGUUGGUCAGGGUCUUUUUAGCUCAAUGUUGUCUCUGUGUUUACACAAACGCGCUCGAGGCGUUUCUCGUCCGCUUGAGCCUAUUUAAAAUUGUCCUCUAACAAGGUACAUCUCUAGCUGGUUGGUCUUUAUAACCUAUCCAGAGAAUCUAGCAUGGUUUAUUUUUCUUUCCUUUUGUUCUGUGCAUGUAAACGGGCUCAUCUGCUGGUCUUAACUGUGAAUUAUAUAUAUUUUUUGUUUCCAAUUUGCCUGUAUUCUGUUGACAAAAGCAGCACAAACCUCUGGCUGGUCGAGCCUCAAACAACAUUGGCGCAAACACUUAUUGACAGUGUUCUCUCUCUUUUGUUUUUCUUUUUUUUUUAUCAAAUGUCUAUUGUCGGUGAUGAAUGUAUUUAUUUCCGGGGCCUGCCCUCACCUCUUUAAAGAGUUUUCUCAAUGUGUGAGACUGAGGUGGAGGCCGGACCCCCCCUUUUUUUUUUUUUAUUGUUUUUGUUUUUGAUGAAUUUCAAGCUGAAUCUUAAAUGAGACUCAAAGCAUAGCCAUUAACCACAAUCUGUGAAGACUCUUUUUUUGUGGGAGAACUAAUGUAUGUUUUUUUGUUUUUUUCCAACUUAAAGAAAAUGGUCUAUGACAAUUACACCUGACAGUCUGUAGAGGUUUUUUUUUUCUUCACUUGUUUAAUUCUGGGUAUUUUUUUUGCCCACAUUGUCUUGAGUUGUCACUGACUGGACACAGAGGGGAUCUGAACCUUGACCACCCCUGUGUGUUUGUCAGCGGACUCAGACAGGACACUGUUGCUGCCUGUGCAGAGCGGAGGCUGCUGUAUGUUUAAAAAAUGUGCUCUCCCUGGGUGUUGCCACGCUGCUGACGCUGAAGGAAAUAAACAAAAAACCCUACCAAGCAGAAACAUGCACAUAAUUCACAUGUUUUUCCCUCUUGGACAUUGUUAAAUCUCUUGUCUUAAACCACUUCUUCCAUCUCUUGUUUUCGUCUGUUAUCUCAUCUUGAGCAAAUGUUUUUUUUAUUAUUUUUCUUUAGAAACGUUGGAUGAGAUAGCUUUACUAAGUGCACUUUGUAUGUUUUGUAAAGCCUCUGAGAGGACUCAGAGGCUCUCAUAUCAGCUCCGACGAACCUGACGGUUUUUUUCUUUCUCUUCUUACCUCAUUGUUAUUGUUUGCUAAAACUAAAACCCAUAUCAUUAUGCAGUGUUAGAAAAGCUUUAAAAUGACGUAUGAAGCAGGAAACCCAUCUGAGAGACAACUCUCUCUGUUCAUUUUUUUUACUCUCUAGAUACUUUCGCAAUCUUUCUUGCUAUUUUUCUUUCAUUGGUAAUGCUAUAAUGGGGCUGCUCUGUCUAGUUAUUUUGGAAGUGAUCCUUACCUUAACAGGCUGAACCAAAGCUCGUUUUAAAAUGGCCUCCAGUGCCAGUAAACUCCAUUUUAAGCUUUAUUGCCCCUUCCCUAAUCUCAGAUACACUUGACCCCUGCUUUUUAGCCCCUUUGUUUCUCUGUAAUCUUUACUGCACAGAGGCCUAUAUUCUGUGCUCUGCUGCAUUUUUCAGUGUUUACUGUACCUCCAGUGACACCAAAAUACCUCAACAACUUCCAGUGUUUACAGAAAAGUGCUGUCUUGCCAUUUAUACCGUUUUUAUUUUUCUUGCCGUCCAUCUGUAACCAAAAAGAGUUUAUAGCACCGUAUUUUCAUACAAAGCAUUUUCUUAACAUAUUUUUACGAGUUUCUUAAGGCACACUGUCACCUUGCUGUGCGCUACAUUCACAGUCCGACAUGACUAGCUGCUAAAGUGUAAAGUUGCUGCUUGAAGAGUUUGAUUAGUGGAGCUGGGUAUAUCGAGCUUCCUCACUAGUUCUCUUCAGGAACAGCCUCUCAAUAAUGUAUCAGGAUCUACGGGGUUGAGAGGCUCUGGAAUGGACCUGUAGGGUCUUUGCUGAUGAAUAAUUAAAAGGGCAAGAAGCCCUUCCCCUUUGGCAAACACACAUCACUUGCAAGAGGCGCACACGCCCAGGUGCGCUUUUGCUGCCAUGCAUUCGCACCGACCUCCAACGCAAACACAGAUGCCGCUGUCGACGUCUGCAAACGCGCGCUCUAAAACCAGGCAACAUACAUCACCAGUAUUUAAGGGGAGGUUUCCUGACCCUUGUUGUGGCUUUUGGCAGCACCCAGGCUGGGCUCUCUCUUUCCCUGUCUUUAUCUCCACUCCUCACAGAGCUCGUAUUCAGGUCAGAGCCACCGCUGUGUGUAGCGAUCGGGCUCACAAACUCAAAGUGUCAUAAAAAGUGUAAUACGGCUGACCUCAGCACUCACAACCUUGCAGUCUUAAUGUACAGCAGUGAGGAAGGAUAAACUGUUAUUUUAUGAUCUUUUCAUUAAAAGCUUGAUUGAAAACCAAUA